CAGUAUCCGCAGAAACUGAAAACAAAUCCUCAACUUGUUCGUAGUAAAAUGAAGAGGGAAUUGAACUCGAGGUGUUUUUAACAACCCAAAAAGAAGAAGGAAAAGAAAAGAAAAAAAUGUAUAGAGGGAUGAUUUCUCAGUUCAAUAAAUCACUCUCUAUGCGGAUUGCUUCAAACAUGUCAGCCUCCGUAUCUAAUUCUACUUCUCAGUGUUUCUUGCUUAGGAAUCCCAACUCAACAAUGGAGGUAGAUUGGAUUGCUCAAUGUUGCCGCAGUUGUUACAGUACUAUGGUGCAACCUUGGAGGCAAAAGCUUUCUACUCAGAAGGAAAUGAAACCAUCAGCUGAGGUUCAAACCGACAAUCCAGCUAUGCAAGGGCUUCCAAAGAAAGAUUUGAGUGUCAUAGGUAAGCGCGAGAUUGGGGAGAAUGUGUCAGGAAAAGAUAAGGUCAAGUUUCUCAUGAACACGCUUCUUCACCUCGAGGAUUGUAAAGAAACUAUCUACAGCACACUUGAUACAUGGGUUGCGUCAGAGCAGAAGUUCCCAACUGUCUCUCUGAAGAGAACGUUGAUUGCUCUUGAAAGGGAGCACCAGUGGCAUAGAGUUAUUCAGAUAAUAAAGUGGAUGUUAAGUAAAGGGCAAUGCACUACGAUGGGAACUUAUGGCCAGUUGAUACGUGCUCUAGCAAAGGACCGCAGGCCAGAAGAAGCACACAUCAUUUGGGCUAGAAAAGUUAGUAAUAAUAUGCAUUCAGUGCCCAAGGAGUUGUGUGACCUUAUGAUAUCGAUAUAUUAUCAGAACAACAUGUUUGAAAGACUUGUAAAGCUUUUCAAGCGCCUAGAAGCAUACGAUCGGAAACCUCCUGGUAAAUCAGUGGUGCAAAAAGUGGCCGAAGCAUACCAAAGUUUGGGUUUACUUGAAGAACAAAAGCUGGUAUUGGAGAAGUAUAACUACUUAUUCAUUGAGAAAAAUAAGGAGCAUCCCAGGAAAUGUGAAAAAACCGCAUGAAAGAAAGUGGGUAAAUCAGUGAUUUGGUGAAGCAGUAAGAGUUUUCUACUGUGAUUUGGGUUAAAAAUGUUGCGGAGCAUUCCAGACUUUUAGAGGACUUAACUUGCAGCCACUUUCAAUGAGUCUUGCUCAGUAGCCAGUUCAUAAAGUUGAUAAAUAGCUCACCUUUUGUCUUUCUUUUUACAAGCUCUCGUUAAGAUUCUGAAAUUAGUAUCAUACUGUACUAACCCCAUUUCGACUAUUGACCACGCUUAUUUAGGUGAAUAUUAGUUGGUUUGUUAAACCACUGGACAACCAGGAGGAAAAAAGGGGAGGAGGAGUGUGAUCAAAGAUUGAUUUUAUUUUAGACAUAAUCAAUCUUUCUGGUAAUUGAAGGGAAGCAACAUUUUUCUACACAUUUUUUGGUGUGUGCUUUGCUCUUGAGAAACCUUUUUAUCGUGGGUGUGUGUGCAUGCUAAAAAAGCACAACACAUGAGUUGAGUUUGGGAUUCUCAAUUAUGUAUAAUAAUCGAGUAGGAACAAAAGCACUUUUAGGUGCUUCCAAACUUUGUCCGACUACUUUUGUCUAGCACUUAUAUUCUUGGUCACUUCAAUUUGUGUAAGCCAUCGGUUUGUAGCGUUUCUAGU